AAUCCUUUCAUUUCGGCCGGAUAUUUCGGUGUGGACAGACGUUCAGCUCCCAAAUUUCAAAUUGCAAUCAUGGUAUACCUUGUUAGGAAUAAAGCGGAUCUCGACCAACAGCUUGCCCUGGCCGAGAACAAGCUAGUAGUAAUAGAUUUCUAUGCCACUUGGUGCGGACCGUGCGAAAUUAUUGCACCCAAAUUGGAGGAGUUGGCCGAGCAGUAUUCGGAUCGUGCGGUGGUGCUCAAGGUGGAUGUGGACUUUAACGAGGACAUUACAGUGGAUUACAUGGUGUCCAGCAUGCCAACCUUUGUUUUCAUUAAAGGUGGCGAAGUUCUAGAAGUUUUCGUCGGUGGAAACUCGGAAAAGCUGGCCAAAUCAAUGGAGAAAUAUGUUGCUGAUGUGGAUGCCACCGAGCGUUUGUCCAAUCUUCUGGAAACCGAGGACUCGUCCAGUGCCGAGCCAAGUACCUCCCCCAGUACCAGUGUUGAGAAUGUGAUCAUAUCCGAGCUGUCCGAGAACGAUAAGGAGGCCGUCUUUGAGAAUUAAAAAACACAAAAUACACAAUGGAAUGGUGCAACACCGAACAAACUAAAACACUAAUAACCCGAAAAGACGAUAACAAAGUUCCUCAAAUAUGAGAUGUUAUAAGAUUGAUGUUAUGACGGACGGAGGGUCUUUUCCUCCUGGAGUCUACCAUUGAUCCACAAAAUAUCAUGAUUUUGAUAUUUCGAAUUACAACUUUAAACACUAAACAAAAAACUGUAAAACAUAUUUAUCCUGUUUCAAAAAUUACAUGGAAAUAUGUACAAUCGAAUGCUGCUCGAUUUCCAUAUCAAUUCAUGCCUUCACAUGGUUGUUACUCUGCACACAGAAUCAAGUACAAAUAAUUAGAAAAUAAAUAUAUUAAACUUAUAACAAAAUA